GCGUGAGUCCGUUAAUAACAGAGUUUAUUGGCUGUGAAGUUGCAUUCAGUUCAUCUUUAAUGUCCACAGGAAGCCAAGAAAGUGUCCAUGGAGCAGGAUCUAAAAACCCUCCUGUCGGAAACUCCUGGGAGAUGCGUCCCGUACGCCGUCAUAGAAGGUGUCGUGAGGUCAGUGAAAGAAACUCUGAACAGUCAGUUUGUUGAAAACUGCAAAGGUGUGAUUGAGCGUCUGACGCUGAAGGAGGAGAAGAUGGUGAACCGCAGCACGCACCUCUGGAACAACACCGAGAAGAUCAUCCACCAGCGCACCAACACGGUGCCCUUCUCCCUCGCCUCUCACGACCACGCCGUCGCCGCCACAGUGCGGGUCGUGCGGCCGCUGGACGCCGCGGAGCUGGACCUGGAGACGACCUACGAGAACUUCCACCCCACCGUGCAGUCUCUGUCCAACGUCAUCGGACACUUCAUCAGCGGGGAGCGGCCCAAAGGCAUCCACGAGAGCGAGGAGAUGCUGCGUGUGGGCGACAGCGUCACGGGCGUGGGCGAGCUCGUGCUGGACAACAACCUGAUCAAGCUGCAGCCGCCCAAACAAGGCUUCCGCUAUUUCCUCACGCGGCUGGACUACGACUGUCUGCUCAGGAAGCAGAGCGGCAGCGUGAGGCUGUGGAGGAUCCUCACCGCCGUGUUCGGCAUCGCCGCCUGCUCCACGCUGCUCUUCCUCCUGUGGAAGCGCUACGCGCACCACCGGGAGAGCAGGAAGGAGCGCGGCCUGCUGCGGGAGUUCAAGGAGCAGCAGAAGAAGCGUCUGCGUGAACUGAACGUGGAGGAGAGCGGCGUGUCGCCCGGCAGCUGCGCCGUGUGCCUCGGCCGGGACCGCUCCUGCGUCUUCCUACAGUGCGGGCACGUGUGCGCCUGUGCGCCUUGUUACGACGUGUUGCCCGAGCCCAAGAGAUGCCCCAUCUGCAGGGCGCCCAUAGAGCGGGUGGUGCCGCUCUACAACAGCUAGAGUCAGACCUUUAGAUGAUUCAUAUAAACACAGCUGUUAGAACAUCGUGACAGCGUUUUACAUCCGGGCUGAACAUCUGCAAACAUCUGGUAGAUUUCUAAAAGAUGUUACUGGA